GAGAUUGGAUGUCAUGAAACUCCCAAUUAGAUUUAGGUCAUAAUUCAUAACAAAUAGAGAAGUUUUAAAAUUAUAGGAACAUUUCUAACAUGAACAAGUUAACUUUCAAAAAAAAUAAUAAUAAUAACACAAACAAGUUUCAAGCUCAUGAUGUGAAUAAGGACAUGAGAUCAUGGAAUGAAUGCAAACAAAUCCAAAAGCAUUGGCUUCUCAACGAGUUCUCCAUAUACAAUAAAAACUACACUACGGCAACUGAACAUUAUACAUGUUGUGGUGCCAACUAUCAUAUGGGACCAAACAAUUCAAAAACCAACUGAAGUAAACAUAAAACAGAGGAUAAGCCCACACUUGUGUGGAUUCAUGACCAUCCACAUGCAGUCACACAUACAUAUAUACGCAGUCCCACAUACAUUUCUAUAGUUCAAAUAAAAUUGCUCACCAUGCAAUUGAAGAGACAUGUGCGGCCUGCCUUGUUAAUUGUUGGAGUUGAAUUUUAUAUAUGAAAUGGUGAAUCUUGUUAUAAAUCUUCGCAUGCAUAGUACGCAUUAUGAAUAAUUUAUGGAAUGGUUUGAAUGCCUUUUCUUUUGGAAACCUAUUUGUUAAUUUAUAUCUGUUUUGAAUGAAGAAGUACAGGUUUACCUUUUAUAGUGUUGGAUGGUUGGCUUAAUGUAUGUUUAUCACCUUUAAAUUUGGUUUUUCUUAUUGGCACACUAACACAAAUUAAAUUGUCAAAAUUGAACGUCAAAUGAUGAGUAUCUCCGCCUUGUAUUCACUGCAACAUUCUUUGCUGGGAUCACUCAAGUCACACUUGGAUUUUUUAGGAUUCUUGAUUGACUUCCUAUCUCAUGCGGCCAUUGUUGGGUUCAUGGGUGGGGCAGCCAUCACAAUUGCUCUGCAACAGCUCAAAGGUUUCCUUGGCAUAAAGAAUUUUACUAAGAAGACGGAUACAAUUUUGGUUAUGCAUUCGGUAUCGAGUUCUGUACAUCACAAGUGGAAUUGGCAGACAAUCCUCAUAGGAUCAGUCUUCUUGGUUUUCCUUCUAGUUGCCAAUACAUUAAGAAGGAAGAAGAAGAGCCUUUUCUGGGUGCCCGCGAUCGCCCCUUUGACCUCUGUUAUUUUCUCGACCUUUUUCAUGUAUAUUACACAUGCAGAAAUGGAUGGUGUUAAAAUUGUGAAAGAUAUACAAAGGGGUAUAAAUCCGUCAUCCUUGGACCAAAUUCAUUUCAGUGGUGAAUUUGCUGCAGAAGGUUUCAGAAUUGGUGCAGUGGCUGGUAUGAUAGCAUUAACAAACAAGCUGAAGGUCCACUACAAUGAAUGCUACUCAAGGAGUGUAAUGGGGAGAUCUCCUUGUUGUGAUGAAAGUGGGGUGAAAAAGGGUCCAUGGACACCAGAAGAAGAUGAGAUGCUGGUGGAUUACAUACAUCAACAUGGGCAUGGAAGCUGGAGGACACUCCCGAAGCUUGCCGGGUUGAACAGGUGUGGAACAAGCUGCCAGCUCUGGUGGACAAAUUAUCUGAGGCCCGAUAUCAAGAGGAGGAGAUUCACAGAUCAAGAAGAGGAAAUCAUCAUCCGCCUUCAUUCAGCGCUCAGAAAUAAGUGGUUAGCUAUUGCUUCCCAUCUUCUAGGAAGGACAGAUAAUGAAAUCAAGAACUUUUCCAAUACCCAUUUGAAGAAGAAGCUCCUCCAAAGGGGUAUAGACCCUGUGACCCACAAGCCAAGAAAUCAGACUAGGUAAAUAUAGAAAAGGAUGUACUAAAUGGCUGAGUGCUAGCAAUUUGUUAAUAUUCAGUGGUGAUGCUAAAGGGCAUCACCUUUUCUCUUCUUUC